AUGUUUGCUUCUUCUUCAUCUUCUUCUGCUGACCUUGAACAGGUUGAUUAUAUGGGAAAUGCGCCUAGGCAACAGAAUAACCUGAUUCAACGGUUGCACCAGCAGCAAUCCCAACAACAGACUGUUCUCCCUGAACUACCUCAAAACCAGGAGAAGAAGCCCAAUUUAGAGGAGUUGAUGAUGAAGUUCGUGUCCACUUUAAAGAACAUGUUUCAGCAGACGGACACAGCUCUUAGAAAUCAACAAGCCCCCAUACAUAAUUUGGAGAAUCAAAUAGGCCAGAUUUCUAAGAUGUUGGCUGAGAGACAGCCAGGGAUGCUUCCUAUUACCACAGAGUCGAACUCGAGGGAGCAUAUCAAGGCUAUCACCUUGAGAUCAGCCAGCCAGGAAGGACUAGAGCCUGAGGUGACAGAGCCUGUGCGACCAAAGGACAAGAAGAAGAGUCUUAUGAGGGAAUACCAUCCUCCAAUUCCAUAUCCUGCCAGGUUGAAGCAAGAAAAGAUUGAUCAGCAGUUUGGUAAGUUUUUGGAUUUAUUUAAGCAGUUGAGGAUUAAUAUACCUUUUGUUGAGGCUAUAUCGCAGAUGCCCAAGUAUGUGAGGUUCCUAAAAGAGAUUCUAAGAAACAAGAGGAAGCUGGAGGACUUGGGACUUAUGACGCUAAAUGAGGAGUGCUCAGCCAUUCUUCAAAAUAAACUGCUAGUAAAGAGGCGUGAUCUAGGGAGUUUCACUGUUCCUUGUAUUAUUAGUGAUUUGCAUAUUAGUAAUGCUUUAGCUGAUUUAGGAGCUAGCAUCAAUCUAAUGCCUAGCAGUUUGUUUGAGAGAUUAGGUUUAAGUAAGCAUAAACCUACUGGGAUGAGCAUACAGUUAGCUGAAAGGACUAUGAAAUAUCCUAGGGGAAUAGUUAAAGAUGUACUUGUUAAGGGUGAGAGUAGCGUACCUUUAAUUCUAGGUAGACCUUUCCUUGCAACAUCUAGGGCUGUUAUAAAUGUGUGUGAUGAGAAGUUACAGCUUAGAAGUCUCAUUUGCAAGAGGAUAUUACUUGAUGAUCCUUUACAGGUAGCAUUACAGGCUAAAGAUGAGGAGGAGUUAUCCAACAAGGAUGUAUUGGAACAACUUGCUUGUUUGCUGGCUAGUGAGCCCAGCAACUCUGCUAACCAUUUCGUUGAUAUUGACAGGUCAGGGGUGCAGAAAUUGAGACCUUCACUUGAGGAGCCACUAGCCUUAGAGUUGAAAAAGAUGCCUAAGCACUUAACCUAUGCCUAUCUGGAUGAGGCAGAGAAGCUGCCAGUGAUCAUUGCAGCUGAUUUGACUCCUGAGUAG